AUGGCUUCUCAACAAUCGGAAAUGGGCAAGGAUUCAUUUGCUUCUGCUGUUACUGGAAACAGCGCUGGCGGCUCACCUCAACAUGAAACGAGAGCUAGAGAAAUACAGGCGGAGGAAGGAAUUACUACUCCUUAUCGUUCAGGCCCCCUUCCACCACCGUCCAUUUCUACUAAUGGUGCUUUUAAUAAUGGUACACUCCUCUCGGAUUCUACAGCUAGUGUAUCACUUGAAUAUUUAAACUUAAAGUCUGUUGGAACAAAAGUCUCACCCACUCCUAGUAGUAGCAGUCCUGAUCACCUAUCCUCUUAUUCCUCUUCAUACCGUCGGACUAGGGCUGAUACUCUACCUUCUUUGUCACGACCUAUUGUUGGCCAUCAUCCUACUUCUUCAUUGUCUAUCGCAACACCUAUUGGAUCUUCUGCUUCCGCGGCCACUCUUCUUACCCCCCCAAAACCCAAUUCUCGUCUUCGAUCUGGGUCUCUUACUUUACCAUCAGCAUCACUUUCCGCUGCAUUUGGUCCAUCUAUUUUUACUUCAGGAUGGUCUGAUCAUAGAAGUGAACAAAAUGGUCCACCAACUCCUCCAAUGCAAACACCUACUACUGGUGAUUUGCUUCGUGGGGAUGAAAAUAAUACCGUUGGUAAAACCUUGGACUAUUUGGGCUUAGAUGAUCAUGAACAUCUUAAAGCUACUGGUAACCUUCCGCAGAUCAAAGUGGACAUGAAACCAUCAAACACUCAAAAUUAUCAAUCUUCUGUGGGAUCUAUUUCUUCUUUACCUGCUCUUCGUAGGGAUGCAAAUAGGAUUCGUUCUUAUUCUGUAUCUGCUACUGCCAAGUAUGAUGAUCCACCGCCUACGACAACUGUAUCUUCGAAUAACCUUUUCCCACCAGGUUCUGCAGCGGUCCAACAAUUUCAUCAAACCCAUUCUCGGCCUCGCGCUAUUAGUUUGGGUAUUUUGGAUCUGCCAAAUGAUAUCAUGCUUAUGCGUCAAGGAAGGAACGGUCAAAUGUAUAAUGAUUUAUCAGAAUCCGGGCAGGGUUCUAAUACCCCAUCCAGAUCUCUUGGAGGUGAACAAUUGGUUGGAAUGAUGCUUAUGGGCGCUAUGGAAGGGAAAAAGAAACAACAGCAACAAAUUCAUAUUGAAGAUGACUAUUUAUUGACAGAUCAUGAUGAAUUAGAGGUUGCAAUUACACAGCAUACUCGUUCUGGUGUGUCAAGCCCUCAUGACCACACACCUGACCAUUCUCAACAAAGUACACCACCUCCACAAACACCAACUCGGUCAUUAUGGAUUGGAAACAUCGAUCCAAAUCUUAGCACCCAAGAUCUUAUGCAACUUUUUUCGCCUUAUGGGUCCAUCGAAAGUUUAAGACUUUUGCCAGAUAAAGAAUGUGGUUUUGUUAAUUUUGUUCGAGUUGAGGAUGCAGUUCGUGCUAAAGACGAUAUCAUGAAUAGAAUGGGCAGUCGAGUUGGAAAUUGUAUCGUUCGUGUGGGUUAUGGCAAGGCAGAUUCAUUAAAUACUCAUGAUUUGUCCUUGUCAUCACAAACACAGCUUCAACCUACGCGUGCUCUUUGGAUUGGAAACAUUCCCACCUCGACCACACCACAAAUUUUACAGAACAUAUUUGCACCAUUUGGUCCUAUUGAAUCUGCUAGAGUCUUAACGCAUAAAAAUUGUGGAUUCGUCAAUUUUGAAAAAUUAGAUGAUGCCGUAAAAGCCAAGAAAGCGCUGCAUGGUAAAGAGGUUCUUGGAAGCGCUGUUGGCCCUGUCAGAAUUGGAUUCGCCAAGGUACAACCUAAACCAUCACCAACAUCGACUCCAGAACCAGGAUCUCCUGCAACUCGUCAUAUUCGUAAUCUUUCCUCAUCAUCAUCCUCUUCUAAUAACCAGUGUUCUGGUCAAUGGAACGGACAAGUUGAAAAUUACCAUAAUAAUAUGAUGCGAAUGAUGAUGUCUGGGGCGACAAAUGUUUCUGGCAGUCUAACCGAAAAGCAAUUAAUGAUGCGCGAAUUGAGUGGUGGUGUAGAUGAUGACAUUGAAGAUGUUAAUGAAAAUCGCCCUCCCACAACGUAUUUUACAUCUAUUCCUCCUGUGGGUGACCCAAAUCCGAAUCGUAAACCUGAUGCUUCAAGAUUGCGAGAAAUUCGCAAACGUUUGGACAGUGGUCACUGCUCUGCAAAAGAAGUCGAAGCAAUCGCAUCUGAAGUUUUAGAAGAAUGUGUGGAACUGUCAAGCGAUUAUAUUGGCAAUACAGUAAUUCAAAAAUUAUUUGAGCGCUGCUCUGAAAAUACCAAAACUAAGAUGCUGGAAAAGAUUGCACCGCAUUUAGCGACUAUUGGUAUUCAUAAAAAUGGAACUUGGGCAGCACAAAAGAUUAUCGAUUACAGAUGUUGGGAAAUAGCACAGGGUCGAUUUGGCGCACGUGCAAUGAGAGCUUGUUUAGAAAGUCAGCAUGUAACCAAGAAGCAACAGAAACAAGUUGCUAUUGCUAUUGUAAUGAACGCAGUCCCGCUUUCCACUAACCCGAAUGGUGCUUUAUUAUUGACAUGGAUGCUUGACACUUCAUCCUUCCCUGGUCGCUAUCGUGUUCUCGCUCCGCGCCUUGCUCCUCAUCUGGCACAUUUAUGCACUCACAAACUUGCAUCGUUAACUGUUCUUAAGAUUAUUAAUCAACGACAAGAAGCCGACGCUCGUGAUUUGACGAUUACAUCUUUAUUUUUUUCUGCAAAUGAUCAAAUUUUGGAAGAUGUAUUGAGUGAUCAAGUUCACGGCGUUGGGGUUGUACAAAAAGUUUUGGCUAGUCCAUAUGUUGACAGCAGCGAAAAACAGAGGUUGGCAGAAAAGGUUAAAAUAGUUUUGGGCAAGUUAAAAGUCCAACAGGUGCAAGGAUACAAACGUUUACUGGAAGAAUUGGGAAUGGUUGGUGAUCCUGCUUUGGGUGCACCGGCUAUGAAUUCUGGUCCUUCCCCAGUUGGUAUUCCACAAGGUGUGUUUUCUACUCCUUUGCCGCCAGAUUUUGCUGCCGCUGCUGCCGCUUAUUACGCUGCUGCAUUUGCCAAUCAGCAAAUGCAACAGGCUGCAGUUAGUAAUCCUACUACCGAAAAUAGCAAUUCUCCUCACGAGCAAUUGGCUCCUCAAUCGGCAGGGCAACAAACCUCAAGUGAAAGUUCUACUUUAAAUUCAGGAACACAGUCUUCAACACCGAUGGCUUCAACACCGACAACAACUUAUUCAUCAACACCAAUGUUUAUGAAUAAUAUGCCAAUGUCUCCUCAUCCGCAUUCGCCUUUUCCACCUACAUCACCAUAUCCUCACAUGAGUCCUUUCACGCCUUUUAUUCACCCGUCCACUUUAGCAGCAGUCGCAGCUGGUAUGUAUGGACAUCCGGCAAUGUUUAGUCCCGCGGCUUAUCCAUACAUGCUCGCGGCAAGUGGUGCGAUCCCGCCACCAAUCGCGCAUACAUCUCCUCAAAAUGCCAUUUCCGAAUCGCUUUCUCCAUCUUCUAUUGGUCACGUUGAAGUCCAGCAGCAAUGA